AUGGGCGACAACCAACCCAUGUCCACGGGCACGACAGCCCAAACAACAGCCAUGCAACUAGCAUGCACCAAACUAGGUUCCAACUCAGCAUUUGCUCAGACACCACUCCCCGCAGAGUCCACCAUUGGUGGUAUUCCAGUAAAGACAUUUGGGGAUCUUCUGGGCCAGCUCAAGGCCCAGAGCCAACUACUCCCAGAAGCAGAGUUCCGCGACCUUUUUGCGUCAGCACAAUCCAUUGCUGGAGUAGCAUACAGCAGUCUGCAGGAGGUAUCCGGAUUCAAGAACUUCACGCAGACUCUGGAGUAUGAGCAUCGGUUUCCGGAAUUUAAGGAAGCCCGGAGCUUUGUUCAUCGAAACCAGUUAUUAGGCGAGAAUGCUAGGAAACAGGUUCCUAAGCAAUAUCUGCGUUAUGGAAGAGCUCUAGAAACCUACGUUGAUAAGGCUUCUUAUUUGAAGAGACAAGUGUCGGGAAAGAGACAUGGUGCUCUUGGACCGACACUGGACAGUACAAGGGACAAGACAGCAAAUGUUUCCUUCCAUCUUGGACCCUGA